AUGGAAAAGCAGGCAGAGAGGGCAGAAAAACAGAAGGUUAAAGUAGAAAAGAAAAGGUUAAAAAAGGAAGCAAAUCACAAAGCCAGUAAACCAAAGAAGAGGACACAGAAAGAGGACAAACCCAGUUCUGGAAGAGACGAUAUAAAAUCAGUAAAAGGCAUUUCUCUCAACAAGGUUGACACGGAAAAGAGCAGGACAUUGGUCGCAAAGACAAUAAAAAAUGCUGACUUAGAAAAUGAAGAGGAGGAGACUGAGCUAUCGUUGACUAUUAAAGACGAAAUAAUGCUGCUUGAAGGCAAAGGUAAAGAUCUGAGAGCCAUUCUGGAGCUCGAAGAACAGCAGGAUGCCCAAAGUUCUGUGAAAGGGCAGCAACAGAGGCUGCUUUUUCACAAGGUCAAGAUGAAAUCUGUCCAAGACAAAGCAAAUAACAUCUUAGCAAAUCCAAAUGUGGAAACAUCAGCGGGUGAGUCCUUUGAUGAGGGGUCCAGUAAACCGAAGGAUGGUUUAAUAGCAGGAUUAAAUGUUGUGGCAUCUCCUCAUCCAGUGUCUGGUUGGAUUCAGAAGAAGCUUAACUUUAAGAAGAAGCUUUCUGUUUGGACUAAAGCCAUUGGGGUAUCUCACUGGCUGUCCCUUCAGGCUAUGAAACAAAAACAAAGCACCAGAAAAUCUAAAGGAAAUGUUCUCCAAUACGGAAUGGCCAUGAGAGUUGCUAGUCACACCAGGCUGGUCAGAAGGAAAAACAUGGGCUCUCCUCAGGAUACAAUGGUUACAGAGAAAGCUGGCCUCCAGAGAAAGGAAGAGGAGGGAUGGGAAGAAGUAUCCCCAGCUGAGGUAGAAGCCAAAUAUGCUGUAGUACUCCCCAGGAUGAACAUAGUGGGCAAGAAAAAGACCGUCAUAGCACCCCUUAGAACUUCUGGAUCUCCCACUUCAUCAUGUACCCCUGAGUCACCAGGAAAGCCCACUACCUUAGAGUGCAAACCCAACAAAAUAGGUGCCAGGCUUGUACUCCCUAUCAAGCCAGAUCUCACCCGGCUUAAGUCCACCCAGAAGCCAUUUUCAGCACUAACAUUAGACAGGAAUGUGGCAGAGAAGGUCCCUGGGUCCAGUGGUUCAAUGAAAGGAUCAUCCAACCCAGAGCAUAAAGGCAGGAGGGCUGCCUUAGACAAUAAGGAUGGAGUCACUGUGCAACAGGCUGCCAUAGAGAAACUGGACCUGUUCCAGAUCAACUUAACCAAGAUGUCAUUGUCAGGGGGAACUAUAGGUGAUGGAUUGACAUGGGACAAUGACCCAGAGAGAGAGGAUGCAGAUGCAAUACCCAGGUCAACCACUCAGUUGUUAUCAAAUGGGGAGGCAAAUGCAAUGAUCUCAGGUGACUGCUCCUUGUAUGAAGAAGAGAUAAACAGGGAAGUAGCCCAGCUGAUGGAUGUGGGUGGUAUACAUACUAUCACCCAACCAGAGGUGUACUGGGCUGAGAACCUGCAGAUGAGUGGGGCCCCUCAGGUGGUAAUGCCAGGCAGCACAAGACCUGUAGAGGUGGAUGAGGUGGAAGAUCUGUCUCAGUUGAAAGAGGUGUGCGAGAGCUCUGUGAUUUUGAAUUUGAAGAAGAGGUUCCACCGCGACUAUAUUUAUACUUACAUUGGAAACAUGCUUCUGUCGAUUAACCCGUUCAAGCCUCUUAACAUCUACACAGCUGAGCUGAGACAGAAAUACCAGGGAAAAGAGCAGCAGAAAAACCCACCCCAUGUGUAUGCCAUAGCUGAGGGCACCUUCAAACAGUCUCAGGCCUCAACACAGGAGCAGUGCAUCAUUAUAAGUGGCCAGAGUGGUUCAGGGAAAACAGAGGCAACCAAGCUGAUUGUCCAUUACCUCAGUACCAUGUGCCAGGGCAGACAAAACAAUCUGCGACAGCCCAUGAAGGUCUUUCCAAUUCUGGAGAGUUUUGGCAAUGCCAAGACCAUCCUCAAUAACAACUCCAGCCGCUUUGGCAAGUACCUCCACAUCCACAUUCUCAAUGGUGUUGUUGUCGGGACUUCAUUGUCCAGAUAUCUCCUUGAGAAGUCCAGGGUUAUAUUUCAGGCCAAUGAGGAGAGGAACUACCAUGUAUUUUAUGAGAUCCUAGCAGGGAUGAACGACUGGGACAAACAGGAACUCUACCUACAGGGACCUGAGACCUAUUACUACCUAAAUCAAGGUGGUGCCUGUAAACUGGAUGGGAAGCAGGACAAACAGGACUUCAAACUUUUGGUUCAUUGCUUUGAGACCAUUGGACUCUAUGCUAACCAGGUCUCCACAAUUUGGGCCAUUCUGUCCUCAAUUCUGCAGCUCGGCAACAUCUGCUUCAGCUCUUAUGAGCAUGAGUCCUUUGAGGUUUCCCACAUCUUCAGUGAUGCUGAGACCAGAAGAGUUGGCUCCUUGUUGCAGAUUUCCUCAGAUGCCCUGCAGACCAUCAUCACUCACAGAGUCACAGAGACAACCUAUGAAAAGAUCUACUGCCCCCUGUCUGUGGAACGUGCCAUAGAAUCCCGAGAUGCCAUUGCCAAAGCCUUGUAUGUGGUAUUGUUUGACUGGUUGUUGGAGCAGAUCAAUGACUGGCUGAGUCCCUCAAAGAUGGACAGCACAGUGGGGAUUCUGGACAUUUAUGGGUUUGAGGACUUGGGAGUUAACAGCUUUGAGCAGCUGUGUAUCAACUUUGCCAAUGAGCAGUUGCAGCACUUUGUCAACAAGGCAGUGAUCUCUCAAGAGCAGGAAGAGUACAGUGCAGAACAGAUCCAGUGGAACUCCAUGCAUCUCAAGAACUUCAACUCCUGUCUGGAGCUGAUUGCCUCUAGGCCACAAGGCAUCCUGCAUAUAUUGGAUGAGCAGACUUGCCUCCCUCAGGCCACUGACCACACUUUCCUCCAGAAAUGCCACUACCACCAUGGGAACAGCCCCCACUAUGCCAAGCCAAAAAGCCCACUUCCAGUCUUCACUAUUUAUCACUAUGCUGGAGCUGUCACCUAUCAGGUUCAGAAUUUCCUGAAUAAGAACCAUGACCAGUUCAAGACAGAAGUGGUGGAACUUUUUGCCGGGAGUCAGUUAAAGAUGGUGUCAGAGAUGUUCCAGAAGGUUCAUGAUGAUUACAUUCAGCAGAGAGAGCUGGGCUGGAGAAGGAAGGGCCUUCGACAGCAGCAUUCUACUGCUGCCUCACACUUCCUCCAGUCCUUGAAUGAACUCAUCAUCCGCCUGGAGAGAUGCAAAACUACGUUUAUUCGUUGUCUGAAGCCAAACUAUGUUAAGCUUCCAGGUAUCUUUGAUGUGGACUAUAUGUCAGCCCAGCUGAGGCAUGGAGGGAUGCUGGAGACUAUCCACAUCCGGAAAGAGGGUUUUCCCAUCCGGCUUCAAUACUCCUACUUCAUAGAAAGGUAUGGGGUUCUGUUGACCCAGGGAUUGAGUGAAGUGUCAGACAAAGUACAGACAGUGGCUCUGCUGGACAUGGUUGGUGCAGAGGAGGAACACUACAGACUGGGUCUCACCAAGCUGUUCCUCAAGGAGCUUCUCUACAAGCAGCUGGAGGAGAAGUGGAGCAGCACUCAGACCUGGGCUGCCAUCACCAUCCAGAGGAACAUCAGGGGCUUCCUCUGCAGAAGGAACUUUAAGUUCUUCAGACAGAAAGCAAUUGUGAUUCAGAGCCACAUUCGAGGACACCAGGCCAGGAAGUACUACAAGCGUCUGAAGCAGUCCUUCACCCAGUUCUGGGCGGUUAUGCUUGUAACAAGAGACACCAUUAAGAGACGUCAUUGGAGGAAGAGAGAUCCAGAUUUUAUUUCAUGCCUUCAUGUUCCACAGGAUACAUGGUGCCAGCCUCAGGGAUACUCCCUUCAAAGGCCUCUCACCUCUCUGGAGCCAGAAGAUGCAAAAACCGCCCUGGAAAUUCACAAACUGAUCUUACGGUUUACAGGGGAGACAGACCUCAGCAGCUGGCAGGAGCAGAUGUUGGGUAACUACAUCGUGGAGAAGGGGCAGAGCCGGCCAGCUUUGAGGGAUGAGAUCCUGGCUCAGUUAGUUCACCACACAUUGGGCCUGCAGGAGGAGCAGGACUCCAUGAGGGGUUGGCUGCUGCUGGCCUGCUGCCUCAGUGCCUUUGUCCCCUCACUAACACUGGACAAACCCCUUCUCAAGUAUGUAUCAGACCAUGGUCCAAAGGAGUACCGGUCGCUGUGCCAGCACAAAAUGCUGACAAGUCUGCAGCUACCAGCUCCCACUUUGCGUAUCUAUCCACCCACCCAGCUAGAGUGGAUGGCCUGCCAGAGGAAGGGCACCAUGCAGGUGGAUGUUCAAACCUUCAAUGAUGAGACGCUGACAGCUGAAGUCGAGUCAUGGACCACUGGUGAGCAGCUAGCAUCGUGGCUUCUUCAUUUCAGAGGUGUGUCUGAGGCAGUACAAGGCUGGUCAGUGUCUCUGCUAAGUGAUGAAGGCUGGUCAGAUCUGGCUGGCUCAGAUUUUGUCAUGGAUCUGCUGGCUGGAGCAGAGGCUGAAGUGCUGCCACCAAUAGAAUCAUCCUCCUCUACGAACUCUGACUACCUGUUCAGCAGUCACGGAGACAGAAUGCUGGCUACAGAUAUAGAUGACCUCAUCCCUCCGGCACCACCAGUGCAAGCUCCUGGGCUUCCCCCGUAUGAGAGAAGCCCCUGGGAAUCAGAUUUUCCACGUGAAAGUAAGUGUUGGCACGGUCAACAGAUAGAUGCCUACGUUGAUGACUUGUUUGAUCCUGUACUCGACCAAGGACCUCCAGAUAUGGAAAGAGUAGCAAUGUUAAACAACAGGAUGAGAGGAGGAGGAGGGAUUGGACCAAUGCAUCCUGGUACAUAUGGAUCUGGUGUUCCAGUGCCAAUGCCAAGCUAUCCUUUGGGAAUGCCAGUUAACUCUUCAAUGCCCAGUUAUUAUGCAUCUCCUAUGAUGCCAACCAUGACAGGCAUGCCAACCAUGACAGGCAUGCCAACCAUGACAGGCAUGCCAACCAUGACAAUGCCAACCAUGACAGGCAUGCCAACCAUGACAGGCAUGCCAACCAUGACAGGUAUGCCAACCAUGUCAGGCAUGCCAACCAUGACAGGCAUGCCAACCAUGCCAGCAAUGAUGAUGACUCAGGCUCCCAUGCCUGCUUCUCCUGUCAUUGACCCAAUUCAGACAGCAGCAGCACAGCAGGCUCUCGUCAACCAGCAGGCAUAUCUCAUGGCCCAACAAAUGACCUUGCAAGCAAUGAGUCUGUCCCAACAGCAGGUACAAGAGCAGCAGAAGAAAGAGAGGCAGAAACAGAAAGAGCAGGAGAGAAAGCAAGAGGAGGAGCAAGAGAAGGAGAGGAGGUUGAGCAGACGGUCUGAUCAGCGGUUCAGCGAAGCUCCCUCAGCCCUACCCGUCCAGUCCAAAACACCCACAACUAAAUGCACCUCUACCUAUAGUCAAAUUGAGCCAGAACCAGUGAGAGAAAUGGAGACACCAGAUCCAAAUAAUCUGCAGUCUUUUACAGACAAGAGGAAAUACUUCCAAAAGAUUGGCACUCAGCCACAAGGUGAAAUCAAAACCCAAAAGCCUAAUCUGGUCCUCUCCUGCCCAAUCGGACAGCAGGACCAUCCCCUGCCUUUAAAUCAUCCAUCACCCCCACCUACAGCACCUAAGCCUGAAGUGAAGGGUCCCGUUGUCCUUACUUCUAAGGAAGCCGAUCCUCCGAUCGAAAUGCCCGCAGAUCCUCCGAUCAAAUUGCCUGCAGAUCCUCCGAUCGAAAUGCCUGAGUCUCGGUUCCAACCCACCUCCAACAUCAGAGAAAUCAUAAGACAGUACAACAGCCGAGCCCUCCCAGAGCCCAAACCCUUUGAGCCUGUCAGACACUCUGCGCGGCAUUUUCUAAAGAAGGGUGACCCCAAAGAGGAAGCUUUGGCAAAACUCAAAAACAACCCACCAAUGCCAGAACAGAAGAAAAAGUGCCUGCCUCCUUCACCACCAGCCAAGCCUAAAAGUGAGCAGCCUCCUUCCGGGAGGGGUUCCCAAAUCAUCUCCAACAACAUGAAACAGAAGCAGCAGUCCCUGGAAGACCUGUUUGGUUCACAGCGAUCCCAGCAGAUUCCACCUUUCCCAACAGACCUUCCACCAGCUCCUCCACACCCAACAUCCACCUUGCAGGAUAUCCCUGACCCACCAUCCAUGGCCGCCCCAUCUAUCAACAUGAUGCCUGAAGAGGACAGCAUUCAGUCCCAGUUGCAGCGCUUUUCAGCAGGGGUCUACUUCUCUUACUCCAACAUGCUGGGAAAACUGUUCAUGCGAAAAGAAGUGUUUUACCCUAGAGAGAUGUUCAACCAUCCCUACGUUCUCAAUCUUUUAUGUGAACAGAUCAUGAGGGACACAUACUCAGACAGUUGUGUGAGGAUCAGCAGAGAGGAAAAGAGGGAGAUGAAGGACUUGCUAGCAAAUUUCAGUGUGGGAAUGACUAUAAGCACCAUCCAGGAUGACAACAUGAAAAAAAGGAUUGUCAUUGCUGCUCGAGACAACUGGGAAAACUACUUUAGUCGACUAUUCCCUGUGAAGUCAGACAGUGGGGAUGCUCAGGUUUUGGGUGUGUCUCAUCGUCGGAUUCAUCUCUUGAAGGUAGCCAGAGCAUCAGGCAUCAACCCAAAACAUCUCCGUCUGCUUAGAAGCUACAGUUUUGCAGAGUUGCUCUCAGUUGAAGACCAAGGUUCAGGCAGAGUGAAACUGGAGCUGAAGAAUGAAAAUCUGGUGCUGCAGUCCCACAGAGCCCCUCAGAUCACUGCCAUGAUCCAGUUAUUCCUUCAGGAGCUCAUCAAGGACUCGGGUCAUGUCAUUGCCCUGAAGAGUUUUGUGACUGAUGACAAGAGUCUGCUCAGUUUCUGCAAGGGUGACAUCAUCAAACUUCUACCAAUAGAAGGAAUCCAGACAGGCUGGUGUUUUGGGACCAUGGGAGGGCGGUCUGGUCUUUUCCCAGAAGAUGCUACUCAGCCAUCUGCAGCCCCGGACUACCACUCUCUCCAACGUGACCAAAGAGAUGCAGGGAGAAAAAGCAUAAGAGGCACUAAAGUUGUCAGUCCACCCAAGGGCCUGUCUCCUGAUCCCAUCAGCAGUGCUGAUUCAGAAUGGCCCAGAAGAGAGCCUUUGCUCCAGGGAUCAGUCCAGAGUUCAAUUCAGGGCUCAGUCAAUGAUGUGGAGAUCCUCUCAGUUAUGGCUAAGUUUGCCAUUAAAUACUUCAGGUAUGCAUUAUCUGUUUGUUAAAGAGUGGGGAAUAUGGGUCUGCCAGCCAGUGGAAGAAAUUUUUCCGAGGUGGUUCAACACACAGAGGUCCCAAUAAAAGAGUCCCUUAUUCUCUACAAUGAUCCUGAAAUCAAUAAAUUAUCUGUCAAGUGCUUCACGAACCUGAUGCAGUUCAUGGGUGACAUGCCAUUGAAAAAGGAUAAAACCCAGUCAGCCUGCCUAAGCCAUAUCUUAUUGCUAGGGAAAGAAAAGGAGCUGCUGCAAGAUGAACUUUACUGCCAGGUCAUCAAGCAAACCACCAACAACCCAACCAAAUCCAGUUGUACCCUUGGUUGGCGGCUGCUGAGCCUGAUGACUGGGUUCUUCCCCUGCUCUGGUACUCUGCAGCCAUACAUCACACAUCACCUACACAACAUCUCUCAGGACAAUGAACAUCCAUACCAAGAGCUGGCAUUUGUGUGUAUGGAUAACCUUCAACGAUCUCUCGAUUUUGGUGGUCGCCGAAAUAUCCCCUCAAAUAUCGAGACGGAAGCCAUUCUGACUGGCAAAACCUUUCGACGCAUUCCUAUCCAGCUACCAGGAGGCAGGGAUUUCCCGAUGAAGAUACACAGCUUCACUAUGGCAGCAGAUGUGGUAAAAGAGUUCUGUAAGGAAAUGGGCAUCUCAAAUCUCCCAGAAAUCAAAGACUUCUCCAUCUUCUCCAACAGAUUUAAAGAGGGAAUUGCGCGUCCCCUCCAUGCUAAGGAGUAUCUCUUUGACUUUCCACUGGAUGACAACUCCAUCUUCUUCUCUCUGAGGAGAGUGAUGUGGCGAAGCCCUCUGUCCUUCAAGAGUGACCUCUAUAUGGAUUUCCACUAUCAACAGCUCCUGGGCGACUAUUUGAAUGGGCGACUGAUCCUUCCUCCUGCUGAAGGAGGUUCCGCAUCAAUUCAGCACAUGGCAGAGCUCUCAGCAUUGCAGCAUCUGGCUCGAGGUCAAAGAAAUCAGCCCUCACUGCUAGAGAUGAAGGAGUACCUGCCCUCACAGGACAGAUUCAGCAGUAACGCUGAGGCGAUCCAUUCCUUCUGUCUGGGUCAAAUAGCUGCAAUGCAGUCUCUCAGCCCUCAAGAUGCCAAAACAGGCUUCAUUGAGUUUAUAAGCAGUCUGCCUUUGUUUGGUUCCAACACUUUCUUGGCCCAGAAGGUGAGCCAGAGUGGCUGUCCCUCCCCCUGUUUGGUCAGCGUAAGCCAGGAGGGUGUGCUGUUUCUUCACCCUACAAAACAGGAGGAGGUGUUUAUGAUUUCUUUGGCAGAUGUACAGUCCAUGCACACCAUUCGCCCAAAGAGACAAGGCAAAGUGCCAGCAGUCGACAUCAAUUAUGGCAAUUCAGCUCAUCCCAAAAAAGUCACCAUUCAUCUCAAACAGGCCAAGGAGUUGUGCCACAUCCUCGCCCUGAUUAUUGAGGAGUCGAUCCAGCUUUGAGUUACCAGCUCCAUUUCAAAAUCACCUGAAAACCCUCUUAAUCACACACACACACACGUUUAUACAUUAUACAUGUCUUUAGGGUCUAGGCACAAAACGGUCCUCACAAAGAAUCAAGAGAAGUACACACACACACACACGCAUAUUGUCCUAGCUCACACCAAGGGACAUUACAUAGAUUUGCAAUUAUAUGCUGAAAAAGUUACCAUAACCCGAAUCACACAACUCACACACCCAAAAUGUUUAUCAGAAGUGAGUUUUUUUUCUUAAUUGAUUUAUUUUGGUAUAACUCUUUUUGUUAUUGCUGAAAAUGUACUGAAUACCAACAUGUCUAUGCACAUAUAAGCUGAAAUUCUCUUCAGUGUUGUAAUCUGAGAUGAAGUGAUACAGAAUUUACACAUUUACUACUAAUAAUAUUACUGAAUUUGGAAUGUGUUAAUUUGCCAGCUGUAUGAAUAUGAAUGCUUUGAUUAUAUUCCUUUUGUGGUUUAAAAUCCAAUAAUAUCAUUACAGAAAUUUAAACAUCCUCAUCAUAUUAAUGUAUUUCAAUAAUAUAUUGUUAUAUAAGUCAUUUAUAUGUACUAUAUGUCGAUUCAAUUGUUUUCACGUGAUCGUUUAAUCAUAUUUUCCAAACAGAGCAGUACACUGGGGUUGCAGACAAGGCGGGUUGUAGAAGGGCUGGCCAGGUGGGGGAGGGCCAGGUGCCUGGUCAGACCUGUUGAAGAAAAGGCCUCUCCAGACCAAGUAGCAACCUAGUGUGACAUCACCCAUCGGUUUGUGUACUGCAGUUUUGAAGCCAAGAGUUUCAAAUUUGAUCAGAUCCAUCUUGAUGGUUUGGAGCCAGACUGAGGCUACGUUACCAUAUUUGGACAAAAAGGAGGAGCUGGAGAGGUGGGUCUGAACUGUCAACCCAAGGACUAUAGACACGUCCACCUACACCGGCUACUGACCACACCAAGCUCCCGACUGUGCUUAGAUAUAGCUGCUGACACGGAUAGCCACAUAUUUCAGAGUAGUAAUGAAUUGCAGCUGAAGUUAGCAAGCUAACAUUAAAUUGUGUUAUUAUAUAAUAUUUUUUAACACUGUUGUGAUCUGCAGAAAAUGAGACAUCACUUGUGAGCUGCUGCAUGAACUGUGAUGAAAAACGGAUCCUGGGCUGUUUCCAUCACUAUCAUUACAGUUAAACUACACCCUGUUAAACUUUUUUACUUUCAGCAAAGAACACUUUGCUGAAUGUGUUGUAGGCCUGGAAUUAAUCACAGGCCUUUUACAUUUUGGUUUUAAUCAAAUCACUUACAAUUAAGCUAUGAGGUAAUACUUUGGUUUCUUAUGACAAACGUUAGUGACAAUGAAAAUAUUAAUUCACCAAAGUGUCAUGUUUGUCAUGUUUGGAAAAUGUACUUAGUACAGUUUAAUCAUAUUGGGUAGGGUUAGGUUUAUGUUCAAUCACAUACACUGUGGCUUCAAAAUUUAAAUAUCAGAGAUUAAGUAAACACUUUUACUUUUAAAGUUACAGCUGUUUACGAUUGAAGACUUUUCACAUCACAUUGGUCACAUAACUUGUGAAGGUUGUAACUGCUGAAGUUGAACGAUCACCUAAUUCAAGUUUAAUAGUUUUUGAAUUAUGUUUAAAUAAUGUUACUACCAACCCUAAAAACUAUGUUAUAUGUAAUUUAUGUAAUAGGUAAAAAAGUAAACCUGAGAAUAUAGAGAAUUAAAGCAAUGUUCUGUUGGUCUGUCAUCUCAUCCAUGGACACUGAACUGGAGGUUGUUUAUUGAAA